AUGGAGGAGGAGAAGGAGGGGACCUUCGAGAAGAAGACCAAGCCGAGGCUGAGCAACCAUCCCGGGAUGGCAGCCAGCCUGCUCACCGACGACCUCAUCCUGGAGAUCCUCUCCCGCCUCCCCGCCAGAUCCCUCCACCAAUUCAAGUGCGUCUCCGUGCCCUGGCGCCACCUCAUCACCGACCCCACCAACCGCAGGAAGCUGCCCCAGGCCCUCGCCGGCUUCCUCUACAUGGCCGUCAGCAACAAUCGUCGGAUCCACCACCACUUCGCCAGCGUCUAUGGUGCCGUGGCACCGUUCGACCCUUCCAUCCCUUACCUGCACCCUAACAAGGACGAGAGUAUCACCCAGGUGGACGCCUGCAAUGGCCUCCUUCUCUACCGUCGCUACAAGAAGAACAAGGUGAGCCCUUUGAAAGAGGAUGAUUUCCGCUUUGUCGUGUGCAAUCCGGUCACGGGGAGGUGGCUGGAGCUGCCCCCACAGCCGCUGUCGACGGCGAACAGAAAUGCCGCAGGCCUGGCUUUUGAUCCGGCGGUCUCGUCCCGCUUCCAUGUUCUUCAUUUCGAGAAGACCAUCCCAGAAGCUUACAUCACAGGAGUGAGCAUCUACUCGUCGCGGACGGGGGCCUGGAGUCAGAGGGACUGUGGGAUGGUUGAGAAAGUUAAGCUGUUCUUUGACAGGACUUGUGUCUUUGUGGGCGGUACGAUGUAUCUGAGUGGCAGCCUGUACUUCAACAACAAUUAUGUGCUGGUGGCGGUGGACAUGGAGGGGAAAGUGUGGAAAACCAUCCGCUUGCCAUACAGCCUAAGAUUUGGUAUGAUUGGAUCGUCGCAGGGGUGCUUACACUAUGCUGUAGCUUCUGCCAAUGAUAGCAAUAAAAUCUUGGUUUCUGAGGCGCUCUGGUGCCUCAAGGAUCGCGAUAGUAAAGGAUUGGUCCUGAAGCACAUUGCCAGAAUUGAUAGGCUCAUGAGCAUGACUGGGCUGGAGUUCAGAGUGGUUCAGAUUCAUCCUGACUGCGACACCAUUUUCCUGCUUUCAUCCGGGGGUGAUACUUUGGCAUCGUAUGAUAUGCGACAUCAUAAAGUUGGCUGUAUCCUCGAUCUUGAGAAGAAAAAUACACAACGAUUUCUGCCCUAUGCUCCCCUGUUCUCAGAGUCAUUAGCAGAUGCAGAUGGGCAGUAGUGUUACCUUCAGACCACGCUUGUGCUUCCUCCAAGAAUUGGCUCUUCUGUUGGCUGAACUACUAUUUGUCUGCAUACUUCGGAAUGUACUUGAAUAAUGGUGCUCAAUUUGCUGGUGCUUACACUCCUGUUAGCUGGAUUUUCAGGUCAGAGCAAUGCCUGGUAAAC